AUGCUUCGUGUGCCCAUAUGUCGAAUACGACUACGACUAAAAAACUCUCAGUGGCAUUUUCGGGGGUAUUCCACCGCCAAAUAUCACGAUUCUGUCUUGCAUCGUUUGGCAGACAAAGAGCAUCGAAGCCAUUUCCGGAGCUUGGAGACAGAAGCCCGCAAAUUCAAGAAAGGGUGCAGUAGAGGCGAUAUCACGCUUCGUCCGUCUAUUCGCAACUUUCUAGUUUGGCUCCAUGUUACGAGAAGUGGAGAGUUGCUGGAUAGAACAACUAGAAACUCUCAACACGAGAUCAUUCUCAAUGCCAAACUCGGAAACCCCGUGAUUCCUUCACCAUUGAAGGUUUCGGCUGUUCUGGAGAUUGCCAUGUUUCAUUUUCUUACUGGAAUAUAUACCGAUGAUGAAGCAUGGUUCGUCAAACUGAAUGAGCAUCUCGAUGCGUUGAGGGCCAGAUUGGACUCCAACAAAAAGUUCAGAAAGAGGCAUUAUCUUGAGCUCUCGACCAUUCUCUCGCAGCUUGGUAUCAAAGAUGGACAUGGAGCCAAACAACAGGCCCUCUCAUCCGCACUAUCAUGUCUCUCUUGCGACACUUCUGCUACCUCUUCCAAUGUAGUAGCAUGGAUCCGUUCGCUCACCUCAGCCGGCGUCUCCCAAGCCUGUCAGCAGUUAGCUACGCUAUCCAACAUCCCAGCAUUUGUGACCUCAGACAUUCUUCUCCGUACACCCAUGUCCAAGGAUGAGCUCUACCUCCAGAUAGAUCUCUGGACUACGUUCAUGGGCUCGAUUGGACAGGCAUACCAUGAGAAAACUUCGCAUACCUCUAGCAUUAUCCACAACCUAGCAUACUAUAGCAUCCAGUUUGAUCCGCAAGCUCUUCCGGAUCUCAUUCUGCAAACAUUGCAAUACUUCACCUCGACCAAGUCUGGAUUCAAACAUAAGUUGAUCGACUACUCGUUUGUCAACCAUCUAGUCUAUUCCCUCGCAUAUUACUAUAUUCGAAGCUCACAUCGUGCGGGUCCAGCAGCCAUGGCAGUGAUCAGAUCUCAGGAGCAUUUGGUUAAGGGCAUUGGACACUCUAACUUGUCUCAGGAAGGCUUCAUUGGCAUUGUUCUUGCCAUUCGAGAGGUUUCUGACGAAAAGGCAGUAAAGCUUUUCAAAAUAUGCCAGUCCCACUUCCAUGAAAUGUCCACGUUCUUUCACAUUGGAAACAUUCAUCUUUCGACAACUCCCGAACAGUUGUUGCAUAGUUUCAAUAGUGCAAUAGCGCAAUUUCCCAAUUCUGCGUCGUUGUGGUUGGUUUUUGUGAAGAGACUCCAGUCGCUUGAGCUUUUAACUGAAGCCAGAGCCCAGAAAUUGUUAACUGAAAUUGUAACCAGAAAAGAUAGUCUCAUUCUUUCAAAGGAUAUCAUAUUGACACUCCUACAACCUGUUGACACUAUCAACGGCAUCGAAAGGUUCAUCAAGACUCUCGAGGAUGGGGACUUGCUUCAGAUGUUCAAAAGCGGAGUAGUCACAAAAUACUUGACAUUACUCUACCGUUUUAGCACAGAAAAGAAUGUCCGCAAACCGUAUCUCGAUCGAUAUGUCCACAGUACCACCAACAUUGACUGUGCCCGGUACUUGUACGCUAGUAUUGAUCGAAAAACCACGUCCACUAUCGGAGUGAUGCUCAACGGAGAAGUUGUGCACCAGCCACAAGAAAUUUACAACAUGUACAUAGAAGAACUUCAGGGAAAAUUGGCGGACGAGAAUUGUCUUGUGGCGCUUUUGAGAGCGUGUGACAUACGUCCUCAGGGCCAGGUGAUGAUGUGGGGUCAGCUCUAUGCUCCUCAGGUAGCAGUUCAUGAGUUUAAGACGCAUGUUGCGAAGAAAUUGAUGCCUGCUAGUACAGGUGGAAUAAUAGCGUCUAACAAACUCUGGAGAUUGUACAUUCAGGUGCUCAGCACAUCAGAUUACCUUGCAGAAUUGGCGGAGGUGAUACGAUGGUGGGAGCAAGUACAAUUUGUUCCUUCUAAGAGCACAUUGAUGGCACUUUUAAAAGCAUUACCCAGGGCGUUUGCUGAAAGGCACAUCAAGCAUGCCAGAUCUGUACCAGUCAAGGAGACUAUGCAGAAAUGGCCAUGGCCCACAUUGGAGGAGUUCCAGGAAUUUAUAGAAAGUAAAUAG